AUGUCUUUGGAAUUGAAAAAAUCACAAACCACUAGAAUCAUAAACCACCAGAUCACAACCACCCGAAUCAUAAACCACCAGAUCACAACCACCCGAAUCAUAAACCACCAGAAUCAUAAACCACCAGAAUCGCCAGAACCGCCCCCGGCUGAUUCGCGCCUGUCUCCACCCAGCAGGCCCGUCGCCAACCGUGCCAGCAUACCCGCCCCAUUCUUUGCGCCCCGCCCCAAAUCGCACCAAACGCUCCACCAAACCCCACCAUCAAACCCCACCAUCCGCGCCAGCUUCUUCGCACCCAUCUGCCCCAAUUUCUUCGCACCCAUCUGCGCCAUACUUCAACACUCACCCACGCUCUUUUUGCCCGUCCCCAUGACAUCCACAUACACCAGCAAAGACGUGGCGGACAUCCCACUCAAGCGCCCCCAGGAAACUUUCGUCGACGACCCGGGCUCGCUCGACGAGGUCAACAUCGACGACUUGGUGUUUCGGUUGGCCCACGACAUCAAAGGCAUCAACAGUCUCCACAGCUUCCACGCCGUGGCCGUUUUGAAGGCCGUGCUAGAAGAUCUCAUUUUGUUGGGCGCCCAUCGCGACGCCCGCCGCGAGUUCCGCCGCAGCCAGCUCCAGCAGUACUCGCUCGAUUUGCAGGAAUUGCAAGAGCCACCAGGCGCAGGGCCGCAGGAUUGUGGGUCUUUUCCCGACGGGGCCCCCGGGCACAGCCUGCCAGGCCCGGGGCGCCCCGGGUUCUCCGCUGUGGAUUUAUCGCUUGCCGGAGAACCGGUGAUUUCCGAGUCGACUCGGCCCAUGAGCCAGGAGGACGCGUCUGUGCAGUCGUUGGUGGCGGCCGACGCCGGGAACGACGACACUGGCGGGUCGGGGACCGCCCUUUUCGAAAGCGCCGGGUCUGAUAGUGCUCUUUUAGAAAACGCCGGGUCUGAUAGUGCUCUUUUAGAAAGCGCCGGGACUGGAACCGCCGGGACUGAAACCGCCCUAGCUGAAACCGCCCUAGCUGAAACCGCCGGGGCUGAAGCCCAGGCCGGCUUCAUCUCCACCGAGUCGCUCGUGCAGACCACGUCGCUCGACCGGGUGCAAGACCCCAUCACGUGCCACAGCAUCCAGCGCCUCCGCGACGAGGUGCUUUUCCACCUGGCGCCAAAAAUCCGCCAGCAGGCUCUCCACUUGCUGCGGUGCUUCGAGCUCGCCCGGCCGCCGCCCAUAUCCUUGGGGCAGUUCUUGGGCCGCAUCCAGACCUACCUGCCGUCCAUCUCGGUGUCCGUGUAUAUCCACAGCGCGUACAUGCUCUACAAGCUCUGCGUGCUUUUGGACGUGGUGGAGUUGACGCAGCUCAACGCGUACCGCUUGGUGUUGGGCCUGCUACGGUGCCUGACCAAGAAGUUGGAGGACGUGUACCAGAAACAAAAGAGCUUUGCCACGGUGGGUGGCGUGGCGCUCGACGAGUUGAGCAAGAUCGAGGUCAGCUUCCUCUACUUGUCCAACUUCAAGAUUAUAGUCAGCGAGCACAUGCUCAACCAGUUCUUGACGGUGGAGUUCCCGGCCUUGCGGGAGUACUCCAGGGACAGAGUAGCGCUUUUGGUGCGGUCCCAGAACCCCAGUUCGGCGUCCGCAGGUAAGGCCGCCCGCUGCUUCUGUACGAUUCAUGAGACCCGUGAUCAGGCGGAACUCAAAUCGCCUCGUCCUGCUGCGGGCGUCCAUGGCCAGGGACCAUUGUGUUCUGUAUCUGCGCCUGGAAAGCAAGCCUGGGUGCUGCCCACGGCUCUCCUCGCCGCGUGGGUCUCGGCUCUUCAAUCUCUGCAUCCAAAAGAACCACCAACAGACUCGAAUUUGAGCGUUGAGGGGGCUGCUCAGGGGAAGAACCACAGCUGGGGUGGGUGUGAGAAUCGUCGACGUGACGUGUCUGUGAGACAUGCAUCGUUCUCGGGAAAGCAUAUACAAGCGGGAUAUGGGAACACUCAAAAGCAAGCCACCCUUAUUGUUAACAUUCAGAAUCCAGGUCUUGAGACCGGACAAAGUAUUCGCGAGAUCUUCAUGCUGGCCGGCGAGAAGGGAUCAUGGAAGAAAGCGAUGAAAGCAUGA